AGGCUGACCCGAAGACCUGUAUCAAGGAGUUGCACAAGAGGAGGAGAUAGAAGCUGGAAGCUUUCUGAAUGUGCUGCCCACAGACUUAAGGCUUCUUCAGAGACUCAAGAUGACUUGCCAGGGGAGAUGCUUUCUGGAGGGGUUGUGCUGAAGACAGAGCACUGUAGCCUCUAACUGGGACAGCUCCUGCUGGUCUGGAGCUGAGACUGACUUCUCUCCCUCCCUUUUCCCUUGGAGAUGUUGCAGAGAUUUAAUCUGACCUCUUCCUCCUCACCCGAAGCCUGCCGUGGCGAUGAUCCGACAGCCAGAUCCGACCACCAAAGAGAAGAGAAUUGUGCGUUUGAAGCUGGGCCGUCGUUGUAACUGAACUGGAAUUUACUCCCUGCUUGCGCUCCUGUAACGAGUGCCGUUCCUCUGCUUGUCUGUGUGUGUUUUGAGCUGCUCCUCCCUGAUCUUGUUUGGAAUUCCUGGGCUUUCCACGCUGAAUUUGCCCAUGGCUUUCCUGAUGAAGAAGAAGAAAUUCAAGUUUCAGACAAGCUUCACUCUAGAAGAGCUGACUGCUGUCCCCUUUGUGAAUGGGGUUCUGUUCUGCAAAAUCAGGCUGCUAGAUGGAGGAGACUUUGCUAGCUUAUCUACCAGAGAGGAAGUUCAGGAAAACUGUGUCCGCUGGAAAAAGAAGUUCACCUUUGUGUGUAAAAUGAGUGCCAACCCAGCCACAGGACUCCUGGACCCCUGCAUCUGCCGAGUAUCUGUCCGUAAGGAGCUGAAGGGCGGAAAAACCUACUCAAAGCUGGGCUUUGCUGAUCUAAAUCUGGCAGAAUUUGCAGGCUCUGGAUCCACUGUCCGUUGCUGCUUGCUGGAAGGAUAUGAUACUAAGAACACCCGACAAGACAACUCCAUCCUAAAGGUCACGAUCGGAAUGUCCUUGCUCUCGGGGGACCCCUGCUUCAAAACGCCUCCUUCCACCGCCAAAUCCAUCACCAUACCGGGACAGGACUCUACCCUGCAGCUGACCUGUAAGGGCGAGGGAACCACAAGCAGCAGCAGCAGCAGUUCAGCCACGAUUGGCUCUCUGCGUCAGACCAAGCCAAGAACUGCCAUUCUCAGCUCGGGUGUCCCAGAAGAACCAGAUCAGAACCUGUCCAGCCCGGAGGAAGUCUUCCACUCGGGGCACUCGCGGAACUCCAGCUAUGCCAGCCAGCAGUCCAAGAUCUCCGGUUACAGCACGGAGCACUCCCGUUCUUCUAGUAUGUCCGACUUGACCCAUCGCCGGAAUACCUCCACCAGCAGCAGUGCAUCCGGAGGGCUGAGUAUGACAGUGGAGUGUCCUGAGGGAGAGCGGGACCACAAGCUAGAGAAGCCACCUCGCCCCCCCAGACCAGCCCUUCUGCUGGAUAGACCCUCCCGGAGGAAAAAGGAUUCAGUGGAGAGUCACCCAACCCGAGUGGAUGACACCAGGAUCGAUGCUGAUGAUAUAGUGGAGAAAAUAAUGCAGAGUCAGGACUUCACAGAUGUCAGCAAUACUGAAGACAGUAACCUGAGGUUGUUUGUGAGCAGAGAUGGAACAACUACAUUGAGUGGUAUUCAGCUGGGAAACAGGGUCUCAUCUGGAGUUUACGAGCCAGUGGUGAUUGAAACCCACUAAAUGUGAAGAACAGGGUAGAGCUGCUGGAAACAGGCCCCCUACCCAGUCUGCUGCCACAUGGAUGCCAACCUUUACCUCUCUUCAUGCAGCAUUCCAGAAGGGAUUUCUCCACGCCCCUCCCCAUACAUUUGCACUGCAGAACUACUCCGAGACCACUCCAGAUCAUGCACUUUCCCUGCAUUGGCAUUACCAUUCUCUGCUUCCCGGUUCUUCCAGUGCCUGCCUUCCCCCUGUUUCUGAUCAGACACAAGGCGUCUGUUGGGCUUAUCCUUAGUGCUAGAGGAUGUUGCUCAUCUGCAUCCCUCACUCCACCCAUUCACUUACAACAGGGGACUUCUCAGCUUCUUUCUCCCCAAAACAUUGGGUUAUACCACUGUGAACUCUUCAAACCACUGGGGGAGGGGAAAACCAUUCUAAACCAAACCGAGAGCUGCUUGUUGGUGACACGGUG